UUUCGCAGGUGUUUGGCCUAACCUGAAAACAGGAUUUAUGGCUCAUCUGUUCCAUUGUUGUGUAGUACACGGUAAACUGCAGAUCGUGUCUCACGGUUGAAUGCUGACUUUCCUCUCAAGAAUUCUGCCCCCGGGCUUCGACCGUGUACUGAACGGUACACUGAAGAUCGUGCCUCGUCGUGGCUGAUUGCUCAUGUUCCUAGAAAACGUGUUGGAGUUAUUAGCUUAGGAAUGAUGUAAUAUCUUUCUUAGCUCCUCCCAAAAAUUCUUCCCCACUUUAAUUUUGCCAAUCAUAGCAGUUCGUUCUCUCCAUAUGUCUUCGUGUAGGUAAACAAUUCUACUUAAAAGGCAUAAUACGGAGAAUUGGCAGAAAAUUUGCAUACUUACUGCUAUAGAUUUGUCAGACCAAGCCUUAAACACUAGAGCGCCCCUGUCCCGGACAAGAGAACGACAUUUCACCGAUACCUUUUUACCGUGAGCUGCCAGGUGAACAAGCUACGAUGGCUCUGAUGACAUUGGUGUUGCUGAUCUGUGUCGCAGGUGUUUUUGCUGUUCCGACAGCCGUGCCCACCCCCGCGGCAAAGGGAAAGUACGAGCACCUGACCCUGCCCAUUAACGAGCGCGGGACGAAGUUUAACGAGGAAGUUGACGUGAACCAUGACAACAAGAUUGUGAUCUUCGAGGUGCCCGACCACAACACCGUGUCCAACAGCAUGGUCAUGUUGGACUUCAACACUCGCAAGAUGAUGACCCUGUAUGCGAAGAGGGAAGAAUGCCUGCUGUCCGAAAUGCCGGAAGACAUGGCUCAGUUCGAGCAGGUGGAGGAAGGACUCAAGAUGGUCGCUGACCCCAACGUAGACACCAGGAUUACCAGCACGAAGUCUGUGGAGACUUUCGACAUCGUCGUGCGAGACCAGUUGUACGAUAGGUCCUCCCUGGGUCCCGAGAUGCAGGAGAUGUGCGCCAAGUUCCAGAUCCACACCUUGGAGGCGAUCGGAGAAGACGUCGAGAUCGAGGAAGAGAAAGAGGAAGAGAAGUCAGAGCUCGGUCGUUUCCUCGGACGUUCCUCGAGGGUUCGUCGCCUUACACUCAACUGUCCGCCAACCGAGUUUAAGUACCGAUGCAGCCUUAAAACCGACAGCUGCAUCUACUACUACACCUGCAACGGCAUCGCCAACCGUCCUGGCCUGCCUCCAACCGCUGCCCAGUGCACCAACAACCACAUCUUCCACAGUGAUGCAUGGCAGUGUCAGCCAUUCUGUCCUUAGAGUCCAUACAUUUUUUGGCCCCUUGAGUUUGUAUUCAUUAAUCUAACAAAGGGGAUUUCGAUAUCAAAACGUACACGUUGUUAGUUCUCUCACAAAAGUGUGGAUGUAACGUUUUGAGGAAUGCCAAAAUGGCGGUGUAACACUUAUAUUCUAGUAUUGCCUGUUCAUUUUAUAAACUGUCUUAAAACAAAACAGACUGUGUUACCCUCUAGCUCUACACUGUUGUAUCUUUUUGCAUUCUUUAUUCAUUUACCUCUUCUUGCACGGAAUUGCACCCAGAGCCCGGGUUUCACAUGUGAAAAUAAAGAAAACAAAAUCAAAUUACUUUUCCAUCACUCCUGUACGUAGUUCUUUGAUACUAGUCUUGUUUAAAAGAUGCCAGCAAGUAUAAAGUAAGACUGUAUCUCUGUUAUAAACGUUGUCUGACUCUUGCCUCUUCCCUCAUGACCUCAAUGAAAAGCGGGCCGUUUUGAGCUUUCAUGAAUAUACAAAGGUUCAAACAAAGUAUGAUUUACUAAGUGUGUAUUCGCCACACUUUUCUUCAUGAGAACCCUGUUCUUAUUCACACCUUUCAUUUGAAUAAAAGUUACUUUAACCCAGAA